AUGACUGAAGACCCUUCCUCUCCCUACUUCCCUCCUGUCCGCCAUAGGCGUGGAAUCCGCGCCGUUACCGUCAGUGACUCGUCAAAGGGUCUCACUGCGAACGAGCUCCAGCCUUGUCCAGCUCACCCUUUCCCAGAUCGUCCUGAUGCCGAGACGGAUACACGCCAGAGUGGCUCGAAUCUUAGAAGGAUUGUCGACUGA